AUCGACACGACAAGAGAGAGAGAGAGAAUCAACAGAAGUGAAAUUACACAUGUGACACAUGUGGAUGUUAUAUUAAUAAACAUUAUUAUUUAGUUAAUUAAAGAAAAACAAAAUGAAAGAACAGAUUAUUGCGAGAAAAGAAAAGCAAAGACAGCCAGAGACCAAAAAGCCUUUCGAUAAGAAAAAGUACAGAUUGAAAAAAUACAGCAAUAAAUUUAAAGUUGACCAAUGGGAAGAACGUAGAAAAAAGGCAAUUAUUCGCAAUUUUUACAAAGAACAAGAAAAGGACAAAAAGAACCAGCCAGGUCCAAGUAAUUCGAACGCAGAGGAUAACAAAAGUUCAAACAAGAGAAAUCCAUUUUUCGCCGCAAAAGCCGAAUUUGAAAAGAAGAAACAGGAGAAGAAAAAUAAGAAAGAAGAGGCAGAGAAGAUAAAAGCGGAGAGAAAAGAGGCACUAAAAAAAUACAAGGAAAAGAAAAUGCAAAUUUAUAAAAAAUUAUCCAAGAGAACGAAAAAAGGACAACCAGUCAUGAAAGACAGAAUGGAACUUUUGUUUGAAAAAAUUCAACAAAGCAAGCAAAAUUAAAAGAAAAAGAAAAUAUUUUCCUAUUUUGCUGAAAUAUUUUCUAGGUAAUUUUAUACAAAGUAAUAAUUUAAUUAAUAAUUAAUUGAUUAAUUUAAUUAAUUAAGUAUAGUGAUAAAUUCUUUAAUAAAGAAU